GAAUAAAUAAAAGGUAUAAUUUGUUUUACAGUGUUCUCCAGAAUAUUCCACCAUAUUUUAACACACCCAGCUUCUUUUUAUGGCUUAAUAUUAAACUAGUUUGUGUUUAGCAGCCCACCCAAAAAUGCCAAAAAUGCCCACCAGUGUUAAAUCUGGUCAGAGGGGAGAGGGAAAGGGGACUACAGUCAAUUUUCACGUCAUUUCCGGUGGAAUAUUCCAGCGGAUUUCUCGUCUGUCUUUAAAAGGACGCGCUGAAACAGCGGCUGUGAAGUUGACAGGUAAACGCUCUCACACCCUCUCUGUCUGUCACUGCGAGGUACCUGUGAACACUUUAGUCAGAGAAGACGAAGAGAUCAAUCUGAGUCUGUGUGUGAAAGAAACAGAAAGAUUCAAGUCUGCUGUGUGUAGGUGCGCGUACAGACGUCUCUCCAUCACUGGAAUUAUCUAGAUUUUGUAGCUCUUGAAGAUCCAACCAGGUAAGAUAAGAUGUGUGUGAGGAACACCUGUCUCCAAAAUUGAUCAUGCAUUUGUAAUUUAGAGGGAAUUUAAACUCUUAUUUUGAAGGUUACGGAGCUUUUGGUUGUGACGCAGUUGCAUCCCUUUCUUGUCUCUUGGGGGAAAAAAACAAGAUUUCUCAAAUGUCUUAUUUAUUCACCUGUUUCACAUCACUCAAUCCUUCUUUUUCUGUCUGUGUUGAUGUUUUACAAAGCUUUACCUCAGAGAGGUGUCUGGUGCUGAGGAGGUUGAGGAUAGAGCGCUGCGUACUGGGCCGCCCUGCUGCGCAACUGUGCCGCGUCAUAAUGAUAAAUAAUCAUAUAUUUUAGUUUUAUUGCCCUUAAAAUAAGAGACCUCAAAGGGCUUCAUCGUAAAAGCAAAUAAAUAUCACAGUAAAGUGAUGUGAAAACAUGUUAUUGGUUAAAAAAAACAAGAGAAACAUUUCAUUGAAAGAGUAAAAGCAGAUAUAAGAAUGAAAGUUAAAGAGGAAAGUUUUGAGUGGACCACCAAGUGCUUCAGGAGGCAGAAUCACAAAUCAGAAACAUAAAGUGAUUUUAAAAACACCUGUUGUGACAAAAAAACAGGAUGCUGUAGCCUCUUAUGUAAAUUUAGAUUGUUUUAAUAGUUGAAGAGAGAAGCAGGUGUUGACAAAACACAAGGACUUAUAGCCUACCUAUCCGUGUAAUUAAAGACUCUUGUUGUUUUAACCUGAUCAGGUGAACUUGUAUGACUCAAACAGGUGAGAGUGUUUUGCAUCAAGGAUUAAAGGCAGAUAUCUCCCAAGGGUUACAUGUAAAGACUUGAAAAUACAGAGAGUAACAGCUGGCUGUUGUGCCACUCCAAUUUAAUUUUCAUGAUGUUUGCAAAGUUUAGUUUGAUUUUAACUGUAAAGCUGCCAACUUUUUAAUCGUGUUAUCAAUGAAAAUGGUCUGAACAGGUUUUCUCUGUUUAAUGGAAGUGUAUGAUAAAGUCAGCGUUUAAAGUGUGAGUAUUUUAACACUAGUAUUGCCUUAAUUUCUGCAGAUGCAUUGCUUUGAGUUAACACUGGUGAGAAUUGAGAAAUCGACUGAUCAAUUUUAACCCUUUAAUGCCUUUUUAUCAUAUUUGAUACAUACUUUUAUGAUACUUCUAUCAAAUCAAUAUGAUCAACAAAUGACUAAAAAAACACCUCUUGUAGUUUAUCAGUUUCCAAAAACAUCUAAUGUAUCGAACGAGAUAAAUAAAUAAAUAUAUUUAUUAAAUUUUAAGGACAUUUUGAUUAUUUGUUUUUUUUAGUAGUGAGUAAAAUAAACAUUUCAGCUCCAAAAAAAAAAGAAUUUUCUGGCUUUAAUUAAGUUUUUAUUUAACUCUGACAUUAUAAACAUGUUUUUUAUGUGAAUCCUGUGUUUUGUCUACCGUGUUAAACUCAUAUUGAAGUUUUUUUGUAUCUUCAUUCGUCUUACAGCUAUUGUUUACGAGCCCGCGACAAUCAUGAUCCUCAUCAGCCCUUCUUCUGGUAGGUUCUUGUUCUUCAGUCUCAUCUCAUAAUCUGGAUUAGUGAAACACGGGUGCGAGAGAUUGACGCCAAGGUCUGCUGGGAUCUAAUUAGGCAGCGAAACGACCUCUAAUGGGCUGAAGGAGUCAUGCUGAGACGCUUGGACCACAAAAAAGUGUUUAUCAUGGGAAUUAUUUGAACUAGCCGACAUAUUAAUAACGCUAAUAACAUAUGAUUCGCUUGUACAAACAGUAAUUAACUGUUUUUUUUUAAAUCACUGAUACUCAAUCUAAUGUAAACAAAUCACAUUUUUCAAUCAAUUCUUGUUUUUUAGUCCUUUUUUGUUUUGUUUUUAGUGGUUACCAUACAUAGAACAAAACAUUGCAGUGUGUUACGUAACCUUCCCAUCAUGCCUUGCACACAGGCAUCCAUCCAGAAUUAGUGACCUGCUUGAAAAUGGCAGCCUGGCUCUGCCUUUAUACUCUUUUUUUUUUAUCAGACAAUUAAGUGGUCAGAGUAUUGAUCUGCAACCCCACAGGCUUCGCUCGUGCUUUAUUAUGUCACUCACUGUAACAAAACCAUCCCAGUAAGUUAAAAGGCGCAGACUAAUCUGCAUUGAAAAUGAUGUGUUAAAGGUUGUAUCAUGACGUGAAGCUAAAAGCAUGCUGUCAAAGUAAACCUGUAAGUUGUUGUUGGCUUUCUGCUGUGUCUCAUGCGCUGUUUUCUUUCAGAUGAAGAGUCUCUUGAACUCGCCUGGCUUUGGAAUCACAGGAAGUUCAGGGUGAAAGAACACUUUGAGAGUUGCUUUACUGCAACAUUUAAAAACUAUCUUUAAAUUUUGCAGGUGUUUUUUUUUUUGUGUGCAUUCUGUCUCGGACGGUACUAUGACUUGAGAGAAAAGUAAACGAACUCACAGGAGAGGAGAGAAAGAGCGAAAAACAAAGACGUCUUUGUUUGGCUUCAUUAGAAAACAUCACAGCUUUGUGGGGGCAGACGCAGUAUUUGGCUGGAGUGAGGCAGAGUCAGCAGCCUUUGAUUUUGCUGACUAAUAUUAGUUUUCAUAUUGCACAUUUAAACCUAAAAAUUAAACAAAUUUUUAUCACACUUAAUAGCAAUUUGAGCGAACAUACACCUCAGGGGUCAGGUUCAUUUAAUGCCAACAUCUCCAUUUAAUCCGGGGCUGCAGUGGUAUUUAUUAGAGUGCUGCUGUGUUUAACAGGCUAAUUGAUCUCACGUCUGGUAUGUGUCAGUGCAGUAGGUCCAACUCACUCUCACGAUUAGCCAGUGGUGUUCGUGUUAGUCCCCUAUAGCUGCCCUCUCCACAUCAGUAUUUGUGCUUAUGUCCUCCCUCUGAUAAGUGCUAAUAACUCACAUAAACACACGCUUUCUAUUCGUAUUUAUUCAUAUGAAUGAGUGUUAAAUUUUACUGCAUGUUACGAUGCAAAUAUUUGUUAUAUAGUUAUUACUGAUACUUAAAUGCUGCAUAGUGAGGCAGUCUAUUCAUUUGCAUGCUGUAAGAUGCACACCUGUGAUUGCAUUAUGAAUGUGAAGUAUUGAUGCAUUUUAGUGAUCUGAAAGUGGAUGAAUGUAUCGUAAGGCCGGUCUCGGUCCAAUAAACAUACGUCUUGGUAAGUGAUGCAUCUUUUAUAUAAAACAGGAGAACCAAAAUAGAAGUAUAUCUUAAAGGGAUAUUCCGGUGAAAAAUUAAUUUAGGGUCAAACACAACAUAAUACCGAGUUAGACACCCCCUCUCGAGAUAAAUGUUGCCGACCGCUUGCUUCUCUAGUUAUACCAACUUUAGUAACGACCGCACGAUAGCAAUACACAGCAGUCUGAGGAGCCAUAAACAAACCUCAACCAAAACGCCACUCUAUAGCCACAAAUAAUGCUCAGAACAGCACCUAACUUCAUCAACAGGACAUAUAGGGUACCAGCCAUAGAACUAGCCACCAAACAUCUUUUUAAAUUUCUUUACAAAGAGACUAAACACAACUCACCUACUCUCUUCCAGCAGCCGCUUGUUUGUAGCGAGACCUCAGGCCAGUCCAUUAUGGACGACAGCGGGGUGAUGCAGCUCAAGGAAGAACAUUUAUGAUCAUUUCUUCAUGGAAAUACAAUCAGACUGAGACGCUAAAGCAGAAAAACCUCUGCGUCUGCAGUGCAAAAUGAUUAAUAUGAUGAUUAUUACUUCAAGGAAAUGAUAAAGUAAUGAUCAUAAAUGUUCUUCCUUGAGCUGUGUCACCCCGCUGUAGUCCGUAAUGGACUGGCCCGAGGUCUAGCUAUAAACAAGUGGCUGCUGGAAGAGAGUAGGUGAGUUGUGUUUAGUCUCUUUGCGAAAGAAAUUAGUCAAAGUUAAAAAGAUGUUUAGUGGCUGGGACCCUAUAUGUACUGUUGAGGUUUGUUUAUGGCUCCUCGGACCGCUGUGUUUUGCUAUCGUGCGGUCGUCACUAAAGUUGGUUUAACUAGAGAAGCAAGCGGUCGGCAACAUUCAUCUCUCAAGGGGGUGUCUAACUUGGUGUUACGGUGUGUUUGACCCUAAAUUAAUUUUACACCGGAAUAUCCCUUUAAAUCUAACAUGUUUUAAUGAUAGAAAUAAGAUAAGGGUGAUAAGGUUUUGGGUAAAAUUAAGAUUUCUUCACCAUUUUCCCUCUCAAACACUCUUGAGUUUAAUUCAGUUAUCUCUUCCCAUGCAUCAGGGAAGGGAUUUAGUUGUUUAGCUUUAGCUGCUCAAACCACAGCAUAGGUGAUAAACCCCGAUGUAAACGUCUUCUAACUGCUGCCGUUAUCCGGUCUCAGGUCUCUUCCAGUGCACCAACAAGUUCUUUCUGAGUAACGAGGCCACGGGACUCCAGAUCAAGGAGUUUGCACGUAAAAAUGCUGCGAAUGCUCUGUCAGUCGCCAACAUGGUCAUGGGCAUGGCCUCCAUCCUCAGCAGUCUUAAUGGGUAAGUGAAAGCACCAUUGUCAGAUUUUACCGUCUGACACAUUAGUCAGCAAAAUCUAUAACUCAGUAACCUAAAAAAGCCGAAAAACAACCACAACAUCGAAUCAGAAAGACCACCCCUUACCCUUAUUUAUCCUGCAGAUUCCUGAUGUAACCAGAUAAGCUGAACUGAUUUGUCUCUGCAGGAGAAAGACAAACCCUCAAAGUAUAAUUAGAUCCAGAUCUGACUAGUUUCAUCUCUUUAAACUGGUGGAAAACAGCAACUGUCUUACCCUCUGAAUGAAGGGGGGGUCGCCGUCAUCAAACGGCUGAAGCCAACACUGUCCUGUUUUGUCCAGGCACCAUCAUGCUGCGUGUUGGCUGGUCCUGAUUGGCUACCUGCUGGAUUUGGCAGAUGGAGCGGUUGCCAGGCGACUUGAUGCCUGUUCUGCACUGGGUAAGUGGACUGUUGCGGUCAAUAGCUCUCAGCGCAGAUAAACUUGAACAGGGUUUGUUGGCAGGGCUCGCAGCACAGGCCUUUGUCUGGACUUUCUAAUUUGGCUGCACAAAGUUAUAAACAAAAGGGGACCAACUGAAAGACUCUGGAUAGUCUUACAGAGUCCUCAAAAGAGGAUUCAUACAUACUUUAUGUUAUGUUAUGUGCGAUUAAGCAAAUGGGUGUCGUCUUUUAGCAGCUUUUGUAUCUCUAAGGACUCCCAGAGUUAUUAAAAGACAGCUUUUAGGAUUGUCAACCUCUUUCUUGAGUCCCCGCUGAGCCUCAGAACUUGCCAACACUUAAGGGGAUAUUCUGGCAUAAAAUUAAUUUAGGGGUCAAACACACCAUAACACAGAGUUAGACACCCCCUCGAGAGAUGAAUGUUGCCGACCGCUUGCUUCUCUAGUUAUACCAACUUUAGUAACGACCGCACAAUAGCAAUACACAGCGAUCUGAGGAGCCAUAAACAAACCUCAACCAAAACACCACUCUAUAGCCACAAAUAAUGCUCAGAACAGCACCUAACUUCAUCAACAGGACAUAUAGGGUCACAGUCAUAGUACUAGACACCAAACAUCUUUUUAGCUUUGACUAAUUUCUUUAGCAAAGAGACUAAACACAACUCACACACUCUCUUCCAGCAGACGCUUGUUUCUAGCGAGACCUCAGGCCAGUCCAUUACGAACUACAGCGGGGUGACGCAGCUCAAGGAAGAACAUUUAUGAUCAUUAUUGUAUCAUUUCCUCGAAGUAAUAAUCACCAUGUUCAUCAUUUUGUACUGCAGACGUGGUAGUUCUUCUGCCUUAGCGUCUCGGUCUGAUUGCAUUUCCAUGAAAAAAUAAUUAUUCGUGUCUAUAGAGUGGCGUUUUGGUUGAGGUUUGUUUAUGGCUCCUCAGACCGCUGUGUAUUGCUAUCCUGCCAUCGUUACUAAAGUUGGUAUAACUAGAGAAGCAAGCGGUCGGCAACGUUCAUCUCUCAAGGUGGUGUCUAACUCGGUGUUACGGCGCGUUUGACCUUAAAUUAUUUUACGCCAGAAUAUCCCUUUAAUUCAGGGUCUCAUACAUUCAGAAGUAUAGAGGAUUUGCUUAAAUUCAAAUACUCUUCUAGUUCUACCAUCCAAGUGUAAAUACACAGGAGCAACUUCUCAAGAUGCUCCUUGAGAUAACAUUUGCUAUAAAUUGGCACCAUAUAAAUAAAGAUUUAUUGACUGAAAAAAGUGAUUUAUUAUCCAUUAUUCAUUGAUCAGAGUCCAAAAACCUCCUGAUGUGGUGAGGAAACUUAUUUUGGAUGUAGGGUGUAGACCUCAGCUGUUAUCGGUUGUCUCUGCUGACAUGAUUUUGGCUGCAGAAGAAGAAACAGGUCACGGUAAAGGUUAGCUCGCUCACAGGUUACUGAGCCUUCUGUUUCCGCUGCUUUUUGCAUAUGAAUUAUUGAUCCAAUCGGUUCCUGAUGAGGCGUUCAGCUAAUACGACACAACAGAAGCGAAAUUUCCAAAAGCUUUGAUUAUCAGAUGUGAAAUCCCGGCAUGGAGGGUUUCUGUGAGUCUAUAGGCACCAACCGCUGUUGUGAAAUCACUUCUGGCAGUAAAGUUCACAUUUUUCCGUGUAGCCCAAAAUAGCUAUCAGGUGCAUCACCAUUCAUCACCGGCUGCGCAUUUCAGGGCCCUUUGUGUGGCGGCGUGUUUUUUUCUGCAUGACUAUGCAGGUGGAUGUUGUUGUGCCUCCUCCCCACGUAUUUUUGUCAAAUGAACAAUCACUUUCUGAUUAAGCAGCCUAAUUCCACAGGAUCACGCUCCAAUUGUCUAUUUUAUCCCGUCCCUUUGGGUUCUCUGCAUAUCUGAAAUUGCUAAAAUUGUUGACCCUGGGCUGUGGAAUUCCACCUCGUUCAUUUGAGCAGUGGCCCGGAUCAUCUCGUCCUCAUCUGCUGAAAACAUGCUCCGUGUUCCUGAGGGAUAAAGGGACGGGGCAGCGGAGAAUGUUGUUGAUAGAAUGGGCUGACACUGAAAUUUCCACUUGGAGAUAUUUUGCACUUACACAAUACCCAGCGGUCACAUGUCAGUAACAUUUGCAGGGACCGUGCUGGAGGGAUGAUAACGUAUCUACCGUGCCUUUGACUGAAUGUCAACGCAAAGCCGAGCUACCGCGGGAUUAAAAUUAGUCUAAUUAUAGGACAGUUCCACUCCUGAGGUAAGGCAUUCAGAAUUCAUAAUCUUAGUUAUGGCAGAAACACGUGGGAUGUUCGAUAUUAGAUUUCUGCUGAUGGCUGACCUUCCUGUAUCCUCAGUUUCAUUUUUACUGAUACCAACAUUAACCUUUUAUCCGAUGUUAUGCUGAUGAUGUUGUGCUCUAUGUUGGUGGAGUCUGACAGUAAGCCUUCUGUAGAUGUAAACAGCUCACUCUAAGUUCACAAAAAACAAAAUUAGUUUAUGUUUGGGUAAUUAAAUAUGAAUAUAACCUCCUUUUACAACAAGUUUAAUCUGCUAAUUGUUGCCGAAUACGACACCGAAGAUACGAUGGUGACGGUUUAACAGCUGAGUUUCUUCUUGACCUUCAGGUGCAAAGCUUGAUGAUUUCGCCGACUUCACCACCUUCGGUAUCGCCACCUCUCUCCUCCUGAGGACAUCCAACCUGCUGGACAACAUCCUGUGCAUGUGCUACGUCCUGUCCGUGUUCGUCCGCCUCUGCUUCUUCUCCAGCGGUAAGUUCAAAACGCGAUGUUCUUUCGAUUGGAGCCGUGAAUUCACUCCGAUUUGUUUCGUCUUUAGGGAUCCCGUUCGUGUACCGCGGCCUGCCCUGCAUCUACUCCUCAGCCAUCCUCGCCAGCGCCUCUCUGCUGUCGGGGGGAAACCUGGCUCUGCUGCGUGUCAUUGCGGUGGCUAUGAUCCCCUUCAUGAUCAGUCAGAACUUUUACCCUCAUGACCGAGUGCUGGAGUCCCAGGCCUGGAAGAAAGUCGUUUAUGCUGGAGGUAAAUCCAUUUUAAAGCAUUAAAUUAUCUCAACCAGUCAAGAGCGUGUCUUCUUUAAAGUUCCAAUAUUAUCGAACGUUUAUCGGAUUUCUCUGAAACUUGGAGCUUUGAAGAUAAAUCAUGUAUUUCCUAAUCAGUAGUCAUGUUUAUAUGGGCAAAAUUUCUUGAUCUGAUUAAAAAUUUGAGGGAUCAGAUAAUCUGAAUCCAAUGUUUAUAUGGGCGCAAAAUCAAAUAGUCCGAUCAUGACGUGUGCAGAGUUGUCUGAUUUCGCUAAAACAACCGCAGAAGAAGAAGAGUUGUAUUUAUGUCUGUAAUGUCAACAAAUCAACAAACGCCGUAGUGGCUCACUCCAUCCAAUUCAGAAGUUUUCCCACAGUUAAAUGUUGUCACUAGAUGGCGCCCUUGCAUACUUAUUUUAUUGUUCUCUCAAAGGUUGCACUGUGCCUGCAGAUGUGAUAUUAUUACGCCGUUUGUACGCCUUGUUAUGUUAUCGGAGAAGCAGACACGACAUCUGCGGUUGUGUUUUAAUAAUGAAACCUCCUGAACUGACCUCAAUAAAUAAAAGAGUGAAGAUCGAGUCAGGUUAGAGGGUCACGAUCAGAAUAAGGACGCGUUUUGGAAUAACGAUCAGCAUAAGCCACCCCUCUUGAUCAGAAUACAAUUUCUUUCCGAUCGAGCCGAUUGGUUCAGAAUCUUCCGAUCGACAUGUAAAUGACGCAUUUUUAUUCCGAUUGGGCCUUCAUUCCGAUUAUUUGUGCCCAUGUAAACGCAGCUACUGUCUGUUAGAGACCGCCAUGGAUAUUUUUGAGCACGUCUAAGUUCAUCGUAACUUAUUUCUAACAUCUAUUUCUCUCUUUCCAGGAGUCAUCAUGGUGUUCUGCUCCUCCUUCCCUCCUGCAUGCGUCUACUACCUGCUCUGGUCUGUCUCCUACAUCUUGUUCCCAACAUCCCUCUGGAGCAGUAAAGUCUAAGAGGGACCGCCGCCCUCUUUCAGAACCCCCCUCCCCAGAAAGGUUUUUCCUCUGGUCCAUCCAGGAUGAACUGAGGCCUCAGACGACGGUUGCUGCUCCCUAUACUGCUGCAGGAAACUCUUAACUCUGUUCAACCUCCGUUCUGAUGAGACGCCUCUUAGAGAGUUAGCGUGAGAAACGAGGAGGAGCGUUUUUAAUGUUACCUGAAAGGAUUAACCUCCAUGCAGGCUCAAUUCUCACUGAAGCUGCACAGAAAUUCAUCAGAUUUAAUCUCCUACGUUUAGCGUUAAUCCAAUCCUACAUCAAUGUCUCAUGUUUUCACAGGAGGAUGAUAUAAAAGUAGAAACGUCAGAUGGAAUAAUUGCACGGAUUUGGAUUUUAAAAUACUUUAUCUGCCAAUCAUGGAUAAAAAAAACUGAAUUUUUCAUCAUAGACAGAGUCCUUUAAAUCCAUGACUUUACUUGAGGACUUCAUGGUUGCAGUUUCAUCUUUAAAUCUCCAUCAUACAAAAUCUCGUGACACCUCACUUUCUUAAGUUCUCGUAGCAGGUAUUCGGAUGUGAUGCAUCCGAUCGGUUAUUCGAUAAUCAGUUUGAAUGUUCAUUUCAAAAUAAGCUACACUGAAAGUCAAACUCUGGCUUCUGUAAAUAAGGGACUUUUCAUUUGUUACGCUUUGACGACUGUUCGCUUGUUACCGAGGAAUUAUUUAAUCGAUUUUCAUAGAUCGUCUGUUCGGUCAUUUGAUGUGUUCGCCUCUGUUUUAAGAGGCAGUGCCGUCAGAUUAGUAGGACAACACUGGAUUACAUUCUCAUCUCAUCAUACUCGCACUCGUCAUAACACCUUCAGUCAGAGGUAUCGCAGGUUCUUCCUCCACCUUUUCUGUGUUGUACAAAUGCAAGCCAACAAAACUAGUUUAGGAGCGACGCAACUUUUGGAGGACAAGAAAGGAGAGGAUAAAAGUGUGUUGUUGGACCUAAACACGGCCAGUAUUCACUUUUUUUGUAGACCAGCGUCUUUUGGACAGGCAGCACUCACCUCAUGUGAUAAUCUAAUGUGUAUUCUUGAAAGAUAUGGAACCUCUUAAAGAGCAAUAACAGGGAGUACUUUAUGAAAAGCAGUAUCUCUUCAAAUAAAACCAAGUGUUUCCUGUGGUUGGUGAUAAUAACCACUGCUAAAAAACAAAUGUACUUCAGUCCAUUCAGCUUUCCUGUGUGGGUGUUUUUUGGUUUUUAAAGUCACAGUAAAGUAUUGACAGAUACAGCACUGUGCCCGAGGAUAAAAAGUAUGGAAAAAACUGUAAUGAGAAUAAAGAGCUCUGCUAAUAAGUCUGUACAUUUGUGAAAAUAAAGAGGUAAUAAAGUGUUGCUCUCUGUGUCGUUUGUUCGUU